UGAGUUUACUUGUCAUAAAACAUGUUUCAUAUAGUUUUUUAAGAAGGUUACAAUUAUUGAUUAUUUACGGUUGAGUUAGGGAAAAUCAUAAGAUGAUCACUUUCUGUGCAUAGAGUAGGAUGGAAACAAUGAAUAUUAUGUCCACCAACCAGUGUGGUUGGCCACUGAGAAUUCAGGAUCAUCUUGACAAAGGAAGUAGUAUUAAUAAGGCUCCAUUUUCAGGAUAUCACUCUCCUUCCAAAGGAUUGGACUUCCCUAAUGUUGCUCAUAAUUGUCGCCGUAGUGCCAGAAAAUGUAGACCGGUUUUUUCGAGUACAGUGAGUGACAGUAUGGAUCCAUAUGAUUCAGAUGAGAGUGAGAAGAACAAAUCUCAGAAUAAUGAUGAAGUUAGAGGGGUGAAUAGUGAAAUGCUCAGAGAAAGUCUCGAGAAAAUAGUUGGCACAGAUGAUUCCAGGUUUAGUGGAUUUGACCUUGCUACUCUUAUCAGGAAAAAAUAUGGGAAAUCUUAUGAUGUUCAGUUGAUUAAGAAGGAAUUCAUGGGAAGAAAUCUCCUUGCUAUGAAUGUCAUGUGGAAGUACAUGGAGCAGAGAUCAUUCCCGCUGACUGAAGAAGAGUAUAUUUUGAGACUUGAUGAUGUUGCAAACUCAUUAAAAUGCUGGGGAGCCGUCUCACAUGUUCGGAGCAGCCUGGCAAAGUCGAAAGAACGGCCUCGGAUAGGGAAGGCUGUAAGCAUCUUUAUCGAUAUGGACGAGUCUGGUGCAAGAGCAAACGAGUGGAUCUACAAAUAGAUUCAACUGAAAGAACUUAAAAUUCAUCUCAAAGGUGGAGUCUAGCUAGCAGGACCACCAUUUUUUGUGAACUUGGGGAUUUAUUAUACAAUUAUACUUGGAUAGUAAUCUAUAGAAUCUAAUGUUUCUGUUAGCAUCGUUUUAA